AUGACGUAUAAAAAGGCAAAAAAUAGGGCAAUACAAGCAAAAAGAAAAAUUAAAAACCUAGGGCCCGGCGGGACUCGAACCCGCAACCAUGCACCUCCGGAAGAUGACGUGAUAACCAUUACACCACGGGCCCGAUAUAGUGCUAUUUUAGGCACCAUUGCCAACAUAUCCAGCACUGAAUGUAUCAGCAAAGGCCGCCCCUUUAGGGAACCGUGCAUCGGCUGUUCCAUUUACCCUACGGCAAAUGCCGUGCUACGCCCUUCUGCUCAGUAUAAACCACCUGGAAUUCAACCACUUAAAAUUCAGCGAGGUACUUCCGUCUUGCUCCUGGCAUCUCCAACGUUCUCAAUCGUGUCAAUAAGAUACCAUUCGCAUAGCCAUCAAGAUCACACAAAUUCCCAUAGCCAUUCACAUACCCAUACUUCCAGCACGCAAGAGCAGGCCCGACAGACCAGGAAAUCGGGGUUCUCGUUUCUGAACAACUUUGUGCGGGGCUCGAAGUUUCUGGUUUCGUCGUCCAUUGUACUUCUGGCUCUCGGGGUUUCGUCUGUGUCGCUGUAUCUGGUGUUCAGCGAGCUAUUUUCUCCAUCGGGUGAGACAUCAACGUUCAACAGAGUAGUGUCAAUGAUUGAAAAGAAUGAAGAGGCGCUGACGCUGCUAGGCUACUCGAAAGAGGAGAUCGAAAGCGGCAAACACAUCAGACUCAAAGCGUAUGGUUAUGCUGCGGGAGACAAGUGGACCAGAAACAGACCAAUUCAGGCUACCAAGUACCUUGCCAAGGACAAUAAGGAGCACAUGCUGAUGAAGUUUUUCGUUGAGAGCGAUUACAAGGUUGCCGUUGUUCAAUUGGAAGCCAUUGAGGAGAACUUUGUUGAGCAGCAGCUUGUGUAUGUGGCGUUGGACGUGAAAGGACAGAAACGGUUCUAUCUGGUUGGAGGUCCGAAGUCCAGCUCUGUGAACAAACGACUGGGCCUGAUGAACGAGUCGGGUUUCCUGGGAGUGAAAUGGGGAAACAAGAAAUAG